AUGAGUAAACAUGAUAAAAAACCGAACAACGAUGAAUCCAGCCGAAUGUGGGCCAGUGCAUCUUUCGUGGGCGUUCUGAUCAUCAUAGGAGUUCCACUAUGGUGGAAGACUACGGAAGUGUUCAGGGUGUCUCUGCCGUACGAUAAGAUCAAUUCUUUCGACUCCGACUCACAUUACAUCUCCACGGAGCUAAUCAUCUUGGCUAACGAUGCGCCGACUGCGGACGCCAUAGCGAACCACAUUCGCAAUUCGCUGCAUUCAGACGUGAUCGAAAUCAACAUUACAAAGCAAAUCCUACCUGAUAAACUUCGGGAAACCCUGGACGCCGUGGCCGAAGAGCAAGAGGCGGUGGAGGAGAUCGGAGGCAUCUUUGAUCUGAAAAAACAUAACGCCUUCUAUGUGGUCCAAAGAAAUCCACUGUUCCAAGACGUCUGGAUCGGUGGAGAGAGGCUGGCAUUCUUCAGGGAUGGAAAAGCUGCAAAUAACCUGAUGGAAGCACUCAGGAAAUGGAUCUAUGAACCGUCCGUGCUGCACGGUGCAAGGUCAGAAACGGCCGAUACAGCGAGGCAAGUCCGCUUUCCAGCAGGCAACGGGUACCACGUGGUCUUAUCUGUGGUGAACCCGAAACCUCAAAAACUGAAGGUGGAAUUCGACGCUGCUGAGGCUGUAGAAAAUUACAUCGGUUCGUUUGUCGACGAGUUGAAAGAGCUCCACAACAUCACGAUCAAGUCUCAGUGGUUGUAUUUGUUGGACUUCGACUUUCAGCCGAAAAAGACAGCCGAUACUACAAAAGUCGGCUACCACUACGCGAUCCGCCACGAAAGACUUCACCUGCUGCUCACGAAGUUGGAGGAAAGGGCGGCCACACACGUGUCCGAGUUACCGACUAUCAACCUCGCCCUGUACGUGACACAGUGUGACAUGGCACCGGCUUUUAUUUACGAUACUCGCGACCUAAAAGUGGAGUCGUUAACUCAGGCUUUCAUGUCUCCGAAAUGGGGCGGAGUGGUGUUGGGCAGCCCGACCCUCGAAGAAUGUGGUGACGGGACUUACAGACCCCGCGUGGCCCCGAUUAUGGGAACUUUCUUGGCCCAACUCCGAAAACUUAUUGGAAUCACCGAUAAGGCACCGAUCCGAGGGGGGUACUUAGAAGUGCUCCGAUCGGUCUCGCCUCGCCGCUGGGAGGUAGACGCGCUGCUCAGGUUACGAACUUUGGAGCAAGUCACUUCCGCCGAGAGAAGCUUAAAAUCUUUAGCCAAAUUAUUAGGUGAAAUUUCAAAUAUUGUGAUCAACGAAGACGUAGGGGCAUCUAUAAACACAGCGGUCGAAAACAUCCAGCAGGCCAGAGAUUGGAUGGCGGCUGGACGGCUGCUAGACGCGUAUAGGGCGUCGCAGCGCGCAUUCCUAGCUGCGGACACGGCCUUCAUGGAUCCCAGCCUCCUGGCGUUGCUUUACUUCCCCGACGAUCAGAAGUAUGCCAUCUACAUACCGCUGUUCCUGCCCAUCAUGUUUCCAGUCAUCUUGUCGUUGAAAAACCUCGUUUUGUGGUUCAGAGGAAAGACGCCCAAAGACAAGACUGAAUAA